CCUGUGCUAUCUACAACCCCAAGCCAGUCUAGCUUCAGCAUUGAACAGCGAGUCGUGGUAAUCGGCGGAAACAAUCACUACAACGUACAGAAUCGCUCAAUUCGCACUUUGGGGCCAGAGUACUCACCUCAAACUAAAAGAUGUCUCGCCUUUCGCUCCUAACACGACACUUAUCGCAGAGGAUGUCGGCAGCGACCCUCGGCACUGCGAGGUCCAAACUGGUUUCCGAGCCCAACAAUAUUUUCGCUCAGAACCGAAGUCUCUCCACUGCUUCCAAGGAUACCGAUCGCAGGGUCUACAGAAAUAAACAUGGAGAGGAGAUUGCAUUCAUCCCGUGCGAUCCGCCUCCGGGAUACGUGUUCGUGCCCUCAGGUAAUGUCUUCAUUACUCUGAACUGCCGCAAGCUCGCGCAGAAAUUAUAUGCUGUCUACCGCCCUAAAAGUCGGAAAAGGCUUGCAACGCAAAUAGGCCUCUAUGUCCCGAAGGAUGCUUUUGAGGAUGCAGAGUCCAAAUUUAAGGUAAAAAGAGCAAGGCUUGAUAGGGAGUUGUCGCGGGAUCUUAACAAGCAAUACCCCAAGGCUCCUCCUGCCGAUAAGGAUGAACUCCACCGCCUUAUUUCUUCAGAUUGUCCUGGAGUCACCGGAAAAUCAGCUCUGGACCGUAAAGAGAUCAUAAUUUAUGCCUAUGUCCGCGAUCGGUACACGCUGUUCAAGUCUCUUAAUCAUGAGGAUACCGAAGCGAUCGCUCGGGCGCAUCAGAAAGUUCGAGAGAUUCUAACGUCCUGGCGUGGCGAGGACGAGAGAGAGAAAGAGUCGAGCAAGAGCAAGAGAGGUCGCGGGCUGAGCAAGAAAGGCUCGAGCCCGUGAUGUUCCAGCAGAACUGCAGGUGCCACUGCACAUGGACAUCUCUCGCGACAUCAGCAGAGGCGACUCGUUCUCCCUCCCGCACGCCGCCUCCUCCCCUCCAC